UGACACCGUUAUCAAGUUCAUCGAGCUGGAACUGCUGUUUAUACACUGUCUAUGCUAGGAUGGCUGUGUUGUGUUGCAGUACUGCUGCAGUCAAAGUGCUGAACACGUUUACAAGUGAAGAAUAUGCUGGCACACAUUUCAUACAUGGUUUCUGCAAUGGAAAUGGCAUGGCUGCUGCUGUAGAAUACCAGCAACAGUAUCCAAUUCGCAGAAUUCCAAAUUUGAAAAACAUUUGAGGAUGUAUACAGAAUUUUGAAAGGUUACACCAUGGUUAACCAUGGUUACACAUUCUGUGUGACAUUCUGUUCAUAGAUGAGGCUCAGUUUACCUACACAAUGUAGCAGAAAGAAAUUUUCGACACAGAUUUUCAGUUAUUGUGUGGUAUAGAGUAUGAGACAAUAACCUGAUUGGACCACAUGUUAUCAAGUACAGUACAGGAAUUUUCUGGAAAAUGAAUUACCACUGCAUUCAGAGGAAGUACCUCUUGUAGCAUAAUGAUGAAUGUGACUGCAACAUGAUGGAGCACUUCUGCAUUUUGGCGGAGCAGUAAUAGAGUUUUUACUGAAUGUGACUGCAACGUGAUGGAGCACUUCUGCAUUUUGGCGGAGCAGUAAUAGAGUUUUUACUGAAUGUGACUGCAACGUGAUGGAGCACUUCUGCAUUUUGGCGGAGCAAUUGCAAUUCCCAACAACACCAAGCUUAAUUGCUUGGCAUGGAACCGAGAACAGGGUUAUCUUGCUUGUGGUGGGGAAGAAGGAUUGUUGAAAGUUCUGAAGCUUCAAACAGGGGCUGAUAGUAAGGUGAAAGGGUUGGCAGCCCCAUCAAAUUUGUCAAUGAAUCAGACACUGGAAGGCCACAGUGGACAAAUUCAAGUUAUUACUUGGAAUGAGAAACACCAGAAGCUCACCACGAGUGACCAGUAUGGUCUUAUUAUUGUGUGGAUGCUAUACAAGGGUUCAUGGUAUGAGGAAAUGAUCAACAAUCGCAACAAGUCAGUAGUCAGAGGAAUGGCUUGGAAUUCAGAUGGCCAAAAGAUCUGCAUUGUGUAUGAGGAUGGUGCUGUAAUUGUGGGUUCGGUGGAUGGAAAUCGUAUCUGGGGAAAAGAACUGAAAGGAAAUGCCUUGACUGGGGUGGAAUGGUCUCCAGAUGGAAAAUUGCUGCUGUUUAGUCUCCGCAGUGGCGAGAUUCAUGUUUAUGAUAAUCAGGGAAGCUUUGUAAUGAAGCUGAACAUCCAGUGUGUACGUAACAUGUUGGGCCCGACACAAGUGGUUGGUAUGCAUUGGUAUGAUGGAAGGCAGGGGUAUGUGGAGCAAGACUGUCCUGUGCUUGCCGUCUGUUACCAAAAUGGCUGCAUGCAAAUUAUGCGUGGUGAAAAUGAUGACACACCAAUUCUGAUUGACACAGGCAUGACUGCCGUGUGCUGCCGAUGGAACCACAAAGGCAGUGUCAUUGCUGUUACUGGUGUAAUGCAACUUCCAGGUGACAACAAGGACUGUAAUGUGAUACAGUUCUUCACCCCAUUUGGAGAGCAUUUGCGGACUCUUAAAAUCCCUGGUCGAGAAGUUACCAGUUGUGUAUGGGAAGGUGGUUCCCUUCGUGUGGCUCUAGCUGUAGACUCAUACAUCUAUUUUGCUAAUAUCCGCCCAGAUUACCGGUGGAGCUACUUGGAACACACUGUUGUAUACUGCUAUAACCGACCUGACAGCCCUGGAACAACUGUGGUCUUCUGGGACACUAAAAAUAAUGAGUGUUACAACAAACCUGUGAAGUCACUGCUUGGAGUGGCAUCAGCAGGAGAACAUUGUGUGCUGGCAACCAGGGCAGAAGAUUCAGGCACUAGUGGGCAGUUUGGACUUAUUCUCUGCAAUGCUAUUGGCACUCCAGUUGACAUGAAGUACAUGGAUAUUGAACCGUUGUGGAUUGCAAUGAACUCAUCACAUGUAUUUGCUGCUUCACGAGACAACUUUCUGUUGUGGCACUACAGGACACCCAAGUCCCGAUCAACUCUUAUUAUGGCAGGUUCACGGCUUCGCAAGGAGAGACUCUACCAUAUUGAUGAUACCCCAUCUGGUGUUGCAGAAGUAAUACAGGAUCUUGACAGGUCCUAUGAGCCUACGACCAAUAUGCAAGCAACUGCUGAUCCAAUUUGCUGCUUAGGUGCAUCAGAGAAAGCACUCAUUAUCGGACGUGAAUCUGGGGCACUACAGCGUUACUCCCUGCCUCAAGUGGCCCUGACUAAUCGUUACACCCUGAACUGUCGUCCAUACAAGCUUGCUAUUAACUGCAAUACUACUCGUUUGUCAAUAAUUGACGUGACAGGUGUAUUGACAUUUCUGGAUUUGGAAUCUCCGUUGCUUUCUUCAUCCAGUUCAUUGCCAGGGCCAGGAGAUACACUGAAUAUCUCGCUAAUGGGCAAUAACAACAACAAGGAGCUGUCAAAAUUUGAAAGAAAGGAUGUUUGGGCCAUGAAGUGGGCUUCUGAUAAUCCUGAGCUGCUUGCCAUCAUGGAAAAGACGCGCAUGUAUGUCCUGCGAGGUCUUGAACCUGAGGAACCCAUACUCAGCUCGGGUUACAUCUGUUCUUUUCGGGAACUUGAAAUCAGAGCAGUGCUGUUAGAUGAAAUAAUGGAGAAUCCAGAACACCCAACAGCAGAGUACCUGCUGGAUUUAGAGGUCAAGUCCCUAAGGGAUACACGUGACUUGCUUGAGAAAGUUGGAAUCGCAGAGGCUACUGCCUUCGUCAAAGAGAAUCCACAUCCCAGACUUUGGCGAUUGCUGGCUGAAGCAGCUGUCAAGCAGUUGGAUCUGCCAACAGCUGAGGCUUCAUUUGUUCGCUGCAGUGACUAUCCAGGAAUUCAGUUUGUGAAGCGCUUGCAUAACAUACAUAAUGAUACACUGAAGAAAGCUGAAGUAGCAGCCUACUUCAAGAAUUUUGAUGAGGCAGAGAAACUUUACCUUGGGGUUGACAGAAGGGACCUGGCCAUAUCCUUACGUGAAAAGCUAGGGGAUUGGUUCAGAGUGGUACAGCUGAUGAAGAUGGGAUCUGGUGGCUCUGAUGUCCAGAUGGAAAUUGCAUGGAAUUCCAUAGGAGAUUACUUUGCCGAUCGUCAGAACUGGGAGGAUGCAAGAGAAUAUUAUGAGAAAGGUCGUAAUCAGGAGCAGUUGGUUCACUGUUACUACAUGCUAGAAGACUACACAUCACUUGAGAACACCGUUGUCAACUUACCUGAAAAUCAUAAUCUACUUCCAUCCAUAGCUGAGAUGUUUGCAUCUGUAGGAAUGUGUGCUCAAGCUGUUACAGCAUAUAUCAAGUGUGGACAAGUGAAGUCAGCUGUGGACACUUGUGUCAAUCUGAAUCAGUGGGAUCAAGCUGUAGAUCUGGCAAAGAAGUUUAAGUUGCCUGAAAUUGGCAACCUGUUAGCUAAAUAUGCCUCUCACUUAUUGGCAAAAGACAGAUUACUUGAGGCUGUCGAAUUGUACCGAAAAGCCAACCACUUCUUGGAGGCUGCCAAGCUUUUAUACCAGUUAGCUGAGGCAGAAGCCAAGAAAAAAUCACAGCCUCUUAGAGUGAAGAAACUGUAUGUACUUUCUGCACUACUUGUAGAAGAACAUCAGCGGCACCUCAGACAGCAAGUGCAGGGCUUAGCAGGUGGAAAAAGCACACUGAUGAUGGGUCUAUUGGAGAGUGAUGGCAGGCUGGAUGUAGAUACCAAGAUAAUAGACAAUGCAUGGAAAGGGGCUGAAGCCUAUCAUUUCUUUAUGUUAGCCCAGAGACAACUGUAUGAAGGUUAUGUAGAUGCAGCCAUGAAAACAGCUCUCCACUUGAGGGAAUAUGAAGAUAUUUUAGAGACAGAAGAUAUUUAUUGUAUUUUGGCUUUAGCAAGUUGUGCCAACAGAGCAUUUGGAACUUGUUCAAAGGCGUUUAUCAGGCUUGAAUCACUUGAGAAAAUUCCAGAAGGCAAAAGAUUGGAAUAUGAAGCCUUGGCAAUGGACAUUUUCACCAAAUACACACCUAAAGAUGCACGUAGUACUCGUUCCGAAUGUACAAAUUGUGAGACUAUGAUACCUGAUUGGUGUGGAGUAUGCCCAAGCUGUGGCAACCGUUUUCCAAUCUGUGUUGCCACCGGGCGCCCUCUCAUGGAUAUGUCCCUUGCAUGGACUUGCACAGUCUGUAAGCACAGUGCAGCAGACCAAGAUAUUACUGUGCGAAAAAGUUGCCCAUUGUGUCACUCCUCUGUUCACAGUUAAACCACCUCUGGUGGCAGUGUUUUUUUUGCUAAAUUAAUAAUUUGUGUAAUUUUUCUUUUAAUUUAUAUUCUGAAGUAUUGUAGGAUAAGUACUAUGAAAAAUCCACAAGGCAGGUUGUUUAUUCUUACAUAUGAUCUCAUUCAUAUUGUCACUUCUAUGAGUGUAACUAUAGAUGGGGUUUGGAAUGGAGAUUGGAUUUAUUGACAACUUUAACACACAACUCGUGAUUACAUUUUGUUACAGCCCCAUCGUUGAUCUCUACACUUUACAAAUCAGUGCACAUGCUAAAUCUUUUCAGUCUGCUGUGUCUACACCAGUCGUUCCCUGGUAAUGGCUUCUAGCAUUGGCAAUUCUUCAACUGCUCGGAGGAAGUCUUCUCUUUAGACGCCCUUACAACUGACUAUUCAGUUAUUCAGUAUAGAGGGGGUGGGUUUCCCCAUGCACUGCGACUAAUAGUCUAUUGUACGUCC